AUGCAUCGAAUAUCGAAAGAAGAUUCAGAAUGGAUUUCAAUUGAACAUCAUUUUCUGUGUGCAGAAUGUCAUAAAUAUUUCAGAAACAAGGUAGGUUUUUUUUUAACUUGAAAAACAUUUGAAAUUUUUUCCAUUACAGAGAGAAUAUUAUUGGCACGCCGAAGAUUGUUUAUUGGAAGCAUUUGCACAUGAAGUUGAAGUUAUAAAAGCAUCAACUUCGAGACAAUUUGAAGAAGAUGAAAUAAUUGAAGAUGAAGAGGAAGAAGAAAUCGAUGAUUGGGCUGAGGUUCGAUAUUUUUUGCUUAAUUUUUAAAAUAAAAAUUCGAGCUUUUUUCAGCCUUCGUCAUCGAAUGUUGUUCCAAAAGAAGAAAAGGUCAGGACAGAUUCUACAAGGUAUGUAUUUAAAUUAUUUUUCCCUUCUCACCCAACAUUUAUUACAGAAAAGCAGAGGAAGUGAUAGCUGGUCCACGAGGUUCAAAAAUAAUUGUAUCAGUUGAAGGGCAACUCGAAUCAAAUUCUGAGCAAGGCAUUCAAAAUAUUGGCGAGGGAGAAGAUGAAGAGAUAAUUGAACACGAUGAAAGACCACCGGAAUUAUUGAAAAUGCCAAAUGAAUCACAAGUUGUGCCGAUUGAAGAAAAUGUGUUGGAAGAAGGAGAAGUUGAAUUUGAAGGAGAAAUUGGAGAGAGAUAUUUAGGUGGAUAUAUUCCGGCAGCAAAAGUUAUUGGUGCACUUGGAAAUGGGCAUGAUGAUCCAUGGAAACCUAAAAUGGAAUGCCCAACUUGUGGAUUAGUGUUAUAUCGGCAUAAUUUCUCAGCUCAUUUUAGGAUUCAUACGGGAGAAUUGCCGUAUGGCUGUGAUUAUUGUGGAAGAAGAUUCAGGUUUGAAAUGAAGUUUCGAAAAAAUCUCAAAAAAUUAUAUUUUCAGAACAACAUCAUCGUUAAAAGUCCACGUUCGAGCGCAUACUGGCGAAAAACCCUAUAAUUGUCCAUCCUGUGAAUAUGCAACAAUUACAAAAAGAAAUUUGGAUCGUCAUAUUGUUAAUCAUCAUAUCAGAAAGGAUUGUUUGAAAGGACCACUUAUGAGGAAAUCUAGGUAAUUCAGGGGACAUUUUGAAAUUUUUGGAAUAGGGCGAUUUGAGAACUCAAAAACAUAAAUUCAAAUAAACAUUUCAGACUCGGGCCUGGAAUUCAUCGACCAAAACGAAAUCGUCUUGAAGUUGAAGAGGAAGAAGAAGAAGAAGAUGGAGAGAUGAAUAAUAUCCAACAAGAUUCGUAUAUAAUGAUGACACCACAAGAAGUUGGAGAUGAAGAAGAAGUUGAAUAUCAAGAAGUUGUUGUGGAGGAAGAGGAAGUUGAUAAUAUUCAAGAGGGCACUGAAAUUUAUACCGAAGUUGUGAGUUGAUUUUUGAACUUGUAAUUUAUUUAUCUGUUAAAUUAUUUGUUUUUUAUAGAUCCAGGAUGGCGAUAUAAUCAUCGAACAAGACAUUCAGUAA